AAUAAUGACGCUUUUUUGGUGAAAGCGAGAGGAUGUGCUCAGGUUAAGUUGGAAGAACAGCGACUUUCACCACCACCAUCGAUUAUAAUAUCGUAGUGUCAAGAUUAUGGAGUUGAUAUGAUGAACUACCAAUUAUAGCUUAUAUUGAAGCCCUUAAGCAUUGUUUUUUGAGUUUCAGAGUAUUGAAGAAAUUACACUCCUAAACUAGCUACAAAUAAUUGUGUACAUGAAAAGAAUUCAAAAUAACCCUUAUAGGAAAUUGGCCGGAGCAAAAAAACCAAUAUUGCAAUUGAGCGUAUAUCCUUUAUUCUUUAUUCCUUCUGUUAUGCCAAAUUAUAAUACACGAUAUUUUUAUAAAUUACUUUUUGAAAAGGAUUGUACUGGUUUGAUACAUAUCAAAUAAUGUUUAGCAUUGGCAAUAAUGCAAGCUUCAAUGGCAGAAAGCCUCUUUUUUUGCAUCAACACGAUAGGCAAUUGAAGAAUGGCGUGAAAAACAUUACUUACCCUCUCUUUUUAACUUCAACUGACCUAUACCGUGUAUUUCAACUGUGUCCACCAAAAGAGCACGACGAAAAAGUCAAAGUAGAUUAUUGUGGAAGCUGUAUCGACCCAUAUUUUCAGCGAUUUAUUGUGAUUGAUAUAAAGAACUGGACUCUAUGCAUUUCGAAUGAUGACUACUGUACAAAAAAUAUGAUUUGUUAUGAUAUCAAAAGACAUUUGAGUAAAUUCAUCAAUUUUGAAAGUGGAUUUGCACCUUUAAGUGUGUUUGUCAGAUUCGUGAAAACGAGCUUCACGUGUGUGAAUCCUGGAUGUAUCCUCCUUUUUCCUACAACGGGUGAUACAUUCUACUGGGAGGAUAUAAAUUGUCUUCGUUUAUUUCAUGAAAUGAAUAAUUGUAAAGGCUUUUUACACGUUAAGCUUCCCCUUUCUUCUGUGGAAAAAUGUGUCAAUCUGACCAUGAUAGAGCCUGCUGGAUUUAUGGUCAUUACCACAUUUGGUCGACUUUUUCAUUUGUAUCCAAGAGAUGACAUGCGAGAGCUAAAGUUAGUUUAUCAAACGCUUCCAUUGGGAGGAUCUAUCCUUCAUUUUCAAUCAAUUAUUUCGAAAAUGAUUUGUUAUCCAUAUCACAUCGUCGCCGUACGGGCUGGUUCUAUUAAAGGCGCCUACGAAAGGCUUGUCUACGGUUUAUUCUCAAAUGCCGAUAUAUACAUUUGGGAAAUAUUCCGAAAGGGAAAAUACCAAUUGCUCCAGAAAAAAAAUAUUCGAGAUCUCAUACUUAAAAGCUCCCGUCUUGAUGGUUCCACUGUAAAUCGUUGUGAGUUCCUUGACUUUUCUAUCUGUAAUUGGGAUCCUUAUUCGUUGGUCUGUCUUAUUACAUGGCAUGACAAUGCUUCCAGAUGGAAUUAUGCAGUCGCGUCUGUUUCUUUCAGUAAUGAGAUGAUACCAGAGAUUUCACAUUUUCAUAAGAUCCGUUCUUAUCCUUCCUUAGCUGCCUCCGUCUCCGCCCGUAUUUUACAUCCUUACCCUGGUACAGUCAUUUACUGUGUUUUUGAUUUAUCAUUAGUUAUUCUUCACAAAGUUAGGGAAAAAAAUACCUCUUAUUUUGUAGAAGAAACAUUAUUUACCAACAGUUCGUGUAAGAAAUUUCAAAUCAUAAAUGUUGCCUCCGUGGAUGCUGUUUUCGAGCAUGGAAACAAUCGGGUCUUGAAAUUCCCGGCCCUUCAUCUAAUGACUAAGGGUAACGGUAUUAUAUCAAUCGAAUCUACCAAUUGUUUAAGCGAUGAGUUUAAUGGUCUUAAUUUUCUACGAAGCCGUCUUUCACAAUAUGCAAUGCAGAACCCUUUAUUUAAGAACCAAUUUUCUCUAUGGCCCGAUUUUUCAUCUGCUUUACCGGAAAGCAAGUUGUUCCCAACACUACUUAGCUUAUGUGAUGAAGUUUCAAUCUCAUAUCCUGAUUCUCAUACUUCAGUGAGUGAAGUUUUGAAUUACCAGUUUCAAAGGCUUAUGGAAAUGAUUUUAGUUUCUAUGAAAUAUCUAAAACUGACAGCCACUGAACAACUCAAACUCUGGCUUAAACUUGCUUAUGUUAACUCGCUCGUCGACAUUUAUGGUCAGUUGACAUGUGAAGAUCCAAAGAACAACAUUCUUCACUCCAUCCUUCAAGCUAUGACAGCCUCUGGGAAUAUAGAGGACCUUUUUCUUAAAAAAUCCUUGAAUUUAAAUCUUUUGCUGCAUUUAUUGCAUACGUUUUGCAAACGCUAUGCUAAUACGAAAGAAACCUUCAAUCUGAAGCUAGUGCAAAUAAUGAUAACGGUGAAUAACGUUUUUGGUAUGGUAUUUGGAAAUGAAUUGGCUUACCGCCAAGAAAAAGUUAUAAAAUAUGUGGAUCCUACAACCCUUUUUCUAUCAGAGCUAUGCAACCUUGACAUUGAAAAUCUUACACUGCUUUCAACUCAAAUUAUGGAGUCAAUUGCUUUGGAUCAGAAAUAUAUUCUACUUGAAUGUAAGGAUCCUCGUGAUAACACACUGAGAUUAAAACUGCAAAAGCAAAUCCUUCACUUAAUAGAGCAUAUUUGUUUGCUUGUACAUGUCUUGGCGAAUGCAAUUCAGAAUUCGUCGACUUCAGAAUCAGCUGCAGAAGUGCAACACUUUAACAUAUUCGAAGUGCAAUUUCGAAACACAAGGAAAACAUGGUUAACUUACCUAGCUCACAUUGGAUACUUGGAACGUGCAAUCAGUAUAUCUGAGCAUGUGCAAGAUUUUCAUUCAUUGGUUGCUUUACUGAACUUUGAAAGCAUAGAGAAGCAGCAAGACAAAAUUAAAAAACAAAAAUUGUACAUUGAAAAGUACAAGGAUAAAUUUGCUACUGUUCUUUUCACUCAUAUGAUUGAAACGGGUCAAAUACACAGUCUGCUGCAUGACUUCAGGUGUUAUCAAACUUAUUUACGAAACUUUUUUGAAACUAAUAAAUUACAUAAUUUCUUAUGGGUAUAUGAAGCUGAAUUGGGGAAUUUCGCACAGGCAGCUGACAUCCUAUUACGUGAUGAUUCGAUAAAAAAGUCAAAAGUAAGCCAGGAAACUACACGCUUGGCUUUGUCAAAAUUGUUCACAUUAACGAACAAAAGCAACUGUGAUGAUAAUUAUAUGAUAAACAAGAAUGAAGAAGGCUAACUCGGAUCACAAGAUUGCUUCCAUUCAAAAUGAGUAUGCAAAGUUACUUGGAUCUACGACAGAUAUGGCAGAAAAUGAAGAGGAAGCUGUAAUAUUACUGCUUGAGGUGAACUGCUCUGAAUUAAACGAAACAUCGAUACGGUAUAGGGUAACCUCCAACGUUCUCACUCGUUUGCUACUGGAAGAACCCUCUUCGUUUGUGGAGAUGAUUGAUUUUUUUACUUCAUUCUCUAUUUAUGGAAACAAAUAUCUGGAAUUUGAGUUGGCAUGUGAGAUAUUAGAGAACUCUGCUUUUUCUACUGAUCAAUUCGUCUUCUUGUACCUCUUGAUAACGCAAAGAUUUUUAUUAAAAAUGAAUUGGAAUGAAACGCUGAGUGCUUUAGCAGAGAAAAAUUUGGAUUAUUUACUCCCCCUCAAAAAAGUCUUUCAAAAGUUAGAAUCAAAAGAAUUUAUUCCCGACUUUUAUCACCCAACUCCUCUCUUCCCAAAGAUCCUAUCUUUAGACUUACUUAAGUCCUUGUACCCUACGUUGAACGAAUCCCAGCUAAAAGGCUACAACUAUGAGCUUCUGGCAGAACAUCGCAGAUUUCAAAGGCUUUAUGAAGACCGGAACCUAUCUCUAGUUCUUCCUCAAUUGUCGAAAUUUUAUAAUGAACAACAGAACACUUAAUCAAGGAAAUGAAUUGAAUGCUUGUAACCCCGUAUAUAUAUUUUUUUAUUCAAUUGACGACUGUUUUAGCGAUGAUUUGAGUUUUAAUUAACAAUGAGAACUUUCAACGACUUAAUCUUUCUAUAUGCAUUAUUGAUAUAUGGAUAAUUAUGAAUGCAAAUAUAUGUUUAAGCAAAUAUGGAAAAUCUGUAACUUUUCAUAUGAAUGGUUAUAAAAUAUUCAGUCACUGAAUGAACUUAGAAACUCUAGUAAUAAAG